GGCCCGACGCCGGCCGUCUUCCAUUAUCUGGUACCGGUUUCAGUCCUCACAUCACAACAACUCGCUGCCAUUCACAGUCCUCCCCCCAAUCGUCACCAAUGCAGAUUCGCUGAGUGAGUGAGAAAUUCGCAGCGUCGAGCUUGGUUUAGCUCAAUUAUUCACCUUCUGUUUUUCCACCAGUCGAAGGCAUUCUAGCUAGCAACAUCUCUAAGCUAUAUAGUGUGAGCAGAGAAGCAUGGCGUCGGCAUGGACGUUGCUGGCGGUGUGGGUGUCGGCAGUGGCCUCUCCCUGCUUCGCCGGAGAUCCCUACGCUUACUUCGACUGGGAUGUCUCCUUCAUCACUGCCGCUCCUCUCGGGGUCAAGCAGCAGGUGAUUGGGAUCAACGGUCAAUUCCCCGGCCCCAUUGUCAAUGUCUCCACGAAUUGGAAUGUAGUCGUUAAUAUUCUGAAUGAUCUGGAUGAGCCCCUGCUGAUUACAUGGAAUGGCAUCCAGCAUCGGAAGAAUUCAUGGCAAGAUGGAGUGCUGGGCACCAACUGCCCCAUUCCGUCUGGAUGGAAUUGGACGUAUGAGUUCCAGGUGAAGGACCAGAUCGGUAGCUACUUCUACUUCCCGUCCACUGGCUUCCAGAGAGCAGCCGGCGGCUACGGGGGAAUCACCGUCAACAACCGCGACGUGAUCGCGGUGCCAUUCGAUAAGCCAGACGGGGACAUCACCCUGUUCCUUGGAGAUUGGUACAACAGGGACUACAAGGAUCUCAGGAAGGCGCUGGAGAAUGGGAAGGAACUCGGAAUGCCGGACGGCGUGCUGAUGAACGGCAAGGGACCAUAUCGGUACAAUAGGACUCUCGUUCCUGCUGGGAUUGCCUACGAAACGAUUCAUGUUCAUCCAGGCAAAAGGUACCGUUUUCGAGUGCACAAUGUUGGCAUCUCGACCAGCUUAAAUUUCAGAAUCCAAAACCACAACUUGCAACUAGUGGAGACAGAGGGCUCAUACGCUUCUCAGCAAAACUAUACCAACUUAGAUGUACAUGUAGGGCAGUCCUACUCUUUCUUGGUCACAAUGGAUCAGAAUGCAAGCAGCGACUAUUACAUUGUGGCAAGUGCAAGAUUCGUGAACCAGUCGCAUUGGGCUAGAGUCACUGGUGUCGCCAUCCUCCACUACUCCAACUCCAAAGGCAAAGCGUCUGGUCCUCUACCUGAUCCCCCAAAUGAUGUAUAUGACAAGACUUACUCAAUGAAUCAAGCAAGGUCCAUCAGGUGGAAUCUGAGUGCUGGUGCUGCACGUCCAAAUCCUCAAGGAUCUUUCAGAUAUGGUUCGAUCAAUGUGUCUCAGGUUUAUGUGUUGCAGAAUAAACCACCUGUAGUCAUCAAUGGAAAACAUAGAACUACACUCAAUGGAAUCUCAUUUUCUCCCCCUGAGACACCAUUAAGGCUUGCCGAUGAGUAUAAGCUUAAGGGUAUUUACACACUUGAUUUUCCCACAAGGCCUCUCAAAGGAGCACCUAAAGUUGGAAGGUCUGUAAUCAAUGGAACUUUUCGAGGGUUCAUGGAGAUCAUAUUUCAGAACAAUCAUACUAAAGUUCAAACCUUUCACAUGGAUGGAUAUUCAUUCUUUGUUGUAGGGAUGGACUAUGGUGAGUGGACAGAGGAGAGUAGAGGGACAUACAACAAAGGGGAUGGAGUUGCCCGUUGCUCGACCCAGGUUUUCCCUGGAGCAUGGACUGCAAUCUUAGUUUCUCUAGACAACGUUGGAAUCUGGAAUCUGCGUGCUCAAAAUCUAGAUACCUGGUAUCUUGGCCAGGAAGUGUACAUCAGAGUGGUCAACCCAGAAGACACUAACAAAACCGAGUUACCCCGUCCAGACAAUGCUCUCUACUGUGGCCGCCUCCAAAAGUUUCAAAAUGAGCAGACUCCUCACCACCGAAUGACUUCAUAUGCUACAGUUUCUUGUCGGGCAUUCGAGUUAGUCAUGUUUAUGAUGAUGAUGCUCCUGGUUUCAGUUGCCACAUUGCCAUAAGAACUCAGAGGACAGCUUAUUUUGUAUGCAGUAUUGCUUUGGGUACCAGACUAUCGUUAGGGGUUCAUAGUGACUGUGUUAAUUUUUUGUUCCUGCUUUGUACCCAUUUGUUUCAGUUUGGGUUGUGGGAGAACAAACCAUUCUUUGUGUCUAAAUAUAUGUGUGGUUUGUUAGACAUUUUCA